AUGUUACCAGAGUUUUCCAUUUAAGCAGUUAAAUUAUAAGCUAAUACUAGGUAACCGAAACCAGUUAAGUAUGUACCACCAAAGCCUAAAAGUCCAGCAUAAAAAAGAAGCUCAUCAUAACAAAAACCUAUUGCCAAAGCCAAAACAUCAACAGAGCGAAUUUCUCGAAAAGUUUCAGAGGAUUUCUAGGAAGUCUAAUAAUAACAGGUUGUGGCAAUAGAAGCUCCUUAAUAAAAAAUCAUUAUGAAUAUGGAUGAAAGAUAUCAAUAUUAUGAGAAUGAAGCCAAAAAGCGAUAAAAUGUAAUUGACGUUUGUGAUGGAGUACAGUUUUAUAAGCCAGUCAAACCAGAAGAGAUGCCCAAGCCUCCUAAACCAAAAAAGUAAACAUCUAAAAUAGAAAAUGCGAAGUAAGUGUCACGAACUGAGAAAUCAGAAAAAUAAUCAGUUUCAUCUGAUUUACAACACUCUCUGCAUUAAUCAAAAUCUCUGUACAAUCAAACUACUUCAAGAGAGCAGCAAUAAUCAACAACCUCAUUGGUGGAAGAAUAUCAAUCUUAAUAAGUUUCUGUGGAUCCUAAUUUCUUAGUUUAAGGAGAAGUAGAUGGCUAUUAAAUGGAUGAGAGCUAAUCUUAAAUGUUCGGGUUUGGUUUGACUGAUUAUAUUAAAAAUAAUAACCAUAAAAAAGAACUUGGAGAGAAAAAUGUAGCAGAUGAGGUUAAACCUUAAUCGGAAUCUGUUUAUACAUAUUACGAUUACUACCCUCCCAAUGCUAAUGGUGAAAUACCUAAGCCAUUGCUGGAGAGUGUUAAUUAUAUGAAUUAUUUAAAAGAGCAAUAGGCCUUGUAAGCUCAAUAAGCCUAGGAGGGACAAUAGCAAUAGUAAUAAAUAUAAGGCAAAAAUAAGUGA